UGGACAUUCAGCAGACGCUCUUAUCCACAGCGACGUAUAGUCAGUGCAUCCAAAUAAGGUAGACCUCUUUUCAACUUUCAUUCAGAACCAAAAAUGAACCUUAUUUCUACAUCUGGAAAAUACUUCCAAAAUACGUCUUUUCAACGUAAUUUCUCUCACUGGGGACUAUGACUGAUAACAAAAACUGCGUGUUUCAGUCAAAUAUGAAAUGAGAAGACAUCAUAUAAAUCCAACAGGCGCCGGCUGACAACGAGGAGACGCCAUGAGGAAGUGCAGUCCCUGGACGUUUCUCCCUGCCAUGUACUCUCUCUUCACAGCUGCUGGACUCUGGGUUGUGUAUUUCAUAGCUGUUGAAGAUGAGAAGAUAACACCCCUGAGUUCAGAAUACAACCGAUCUGGCCCUAAAUCCCCUCCAUAUAUAAGCUUUGCAGGCAAUGCUCCCCCGGCCAGCUGUGUAUUUAGCCAGGUCAUGAACCUAGCUGCCUUCGUAGGGUUCAUCAUUGGUGUCCUCAGAUAUCUGCAGCUGAAGCCCCAGGUCCACAAACCCUGGCUCAACAUCAGCAGUCUGGUGGCCCUAUCCCUGGCCUGCUUCGGCAUGACACUGGUAGGAAACUUCCAGUUGUCAAAUGACAAGGAGCUCCACAACAUUGGGACAUACAUGACGUUUGGCCUGGGAACGUUGUUCUGCUGGGUUCAAUCUGUCAUCACCCUGAAAGUCAACCUUAGGAAUGAGGGUCGGAGGGCAGGCAUCCCUCGCUUCGUGCUGUCUGGGACCCUCACCGCCUGCAUGCUUUUCUACUUUGCCCUGAUUGCGCAGCAUCUUCACAUGCAUGCAGCGCGAGCGCAGUGGGCGCUGGUCAUGUUCUUUCUGAGCUUCCUCGCAUCCUUCGCCAUCGAGUUCAGACACUGCCACUUUGAGAUCGUCUGCACCGACAACCGCGAUCCGCCUCUUAGCCUGUCAGCAACUUUCUCAGAGGUGUCAGAGUACCAGUCGGACCAGCUAUAGCUUUGGAGUGCUAGAAAACAGUUAAGUUGCCUGUGGUUAUGUCGGGGGAGGGGGGGAGAAUUAACAAAUGAACAUGAAGUCUUUAGGAGGUCAAGGGCUCCAGUGGGUGUCAUUUACUGAAGAGUUAGUCAACCACUACAGCAUGUCUGACUUGACUACUGUACGUCGAGGUGAUCUUUCAAAAGCAACACUCUUUCCAUAAGCAACCUUUGUCAUCUCAUCAGCAGGGGUGUUCACUAAAAUAUGCUAAACGAUUUCAUUGAAGACAUGAACAUGGAUGUUUAUCAUGUAGCUAUGAGUUGUUGGAGAACUCAUGUCUCAAGAUUAAUAGUGACACCACGCCUCACUGACUUUCAGAUGAAUGUAUUUGAUACACUGCCGAUUUUGCAGGUUUUCCUACUUACAAAGCAUGUAGAGGUCUGUAAUUUUUAUCAUAGGCACACUUCAACUGUGAGAGACGCAAUAAAAUGCGAAUUAAUUACUUAAAAAUCAUACAAUGUGAUUUUCUGGAUUUUGUUUUAGAUUCCGUCUCUCACAGUUGAAGUGUACCUAUGAUAACAAUUACAGACCUCUAUAUGCUUUGUAAGUAGGAAAACCUGCAAAAUCAGCACUGUAGCUAAGUCCUCAAAAUGUGGGAGUCCAAUCACCCUCUCCCAGUUUGGAUUCUACCCAACUUCCUCUACCGGCAUGAGGUUUUCUGCUGCGUUCGCUCGCUUUCCUGUCUACCUCCAUUUUCAGACAGACCAUUUGUGAGGAAGUCUCAGCCUCUGAAGAUCAGUACAGUGGUAUUACGUUUUAGGUCAUCGCCCAGGUACAAUGAUGCCAUUCUGAACCAUAUCACUGUUGCUCCCAUUAAACAAGUCACGGGAAUCAUUUUCAGUGUUCUCUCCCACUGCAUGUGAUUUAGUGCAACAAUUGGCUGUCAUUCGAGCAUAACUGACACAUGCAUCUCAGUUUUAUACUGCUGUUUGUUAGAACAUUAAAAUGAUUUUACACAAUAAAA